UUUUGUUGUUGUUGUAAUUAUUUAAUCACUUGCAGAUUUCUUUUCUUGUGCAUCCUCUCCACAGUCUGACAGGGAGCUGCCUCGACACAGGGACAUGUGAGAGGAAUGAAAUCACACGUCUUGUUAAAUGAUGACAGACAGAAGUUGCAUGGGGGGGGGGUCAUGUAGGAGGAGUUUUUUUUUCUGACCAAACAACUAACGGAUUUUUCCCUUAUAAAAAAGGAAAUUGAAUCGCGACCGUUCAAUGAAGAAGCUCACACUGAGAUCUCGAUGUACAGCAGGUCCUGGUGCAAGCAGAUGUGUUGUCAGUCAUAAUCAAGAUCCUGCAUCCAUCAUUCUUCAAUCUGCACGUUUUCUCUUUAUUGCAUCCUUACAUCAUCUCUAAGUGAGACGUGCUCUCGUGAUCUCCAGCUCUUUACUGACAGCGAGCACUCCUCAAACAGCAGGUUUCCUGCUUCCCUGCCAGUCCACCCCAGGGUUCAUGGGUUGAACCAGCAGGAUUUCCACACUCUCCUCUGCGUUCUCUCCUCCUCUUCAUGCUCUUGACAGCCUCUCAAGUGCCCCCCCUCCGUCCUGCAGCCCCGCUCUGUCGGCUCCCAUCAUCAGCACUACCAGAAGUGUGAUGGUUUGUUGUGCCUCGGGCUUGUUUGGAGCAUCACCCUCCACGACACAGACUUGCGGACGCAGCAGCCACUAGAGUGAAAGAUACAGAGAGCCAGAGGCGUGGAGGGGGGGAUAGGGAGAGACAGACAGAGAGAGCAGAACCACAGUAGAGAGGAGGGAUCAUCUAUCCCAGCAGCAGAGGGAUCCACCUGUCCCACAGAGGAAGGGGGCCCCCCCACCUGAUCCAUCUGGUUGCAGGGGGGGACCCUGCGUGGCCGGGAAGGCAACAGAGACUAUGCAGCUGGGACUGGUGGCGCUGGCAAUGGUCUUCCUCAGCUCCAUGGGUCACAGCGACGCUCUCAAGCUCUCCAAGGCGAGAAGGCAGAGACGGGUUAGCACUGAGGGGCCACCAUCUUGCCCCAAAGGCUGUGACCGAUGCUCUGAGUACAAUGGCUGCAUCAAAUGUAAGCCCAAGCUCUUCAUCUUCCUUGAGCGCAAUGACAUCCGUCAGAUAGGAGUGUGCCUUGCCUCCUGCCCCAUGGGAUACUUUGGGAUGAGGAACCCAGAAGGCAACAACAGAUGCACCCAAUGUAAAAUAGACAACUGUGAAGCGUGUUUCAAUCGCAAUUUUUGCACAAAAUGCAAGGAGGGCUUGUAUUCGCACAGCGGCCGAUGUUACGUCAGCUGCCCUCCAGGCCAGCUCACUGCCAACGAGACCAUGGAGUGUGUCGGUCAGCGUGCCUCCGCGUGCAAACUGGGUGAGUGGAGCCAGUGGGGUUCCUGCAUGAAGAAGAACAAAACAUGUGGAUUUAAGAAAGGCUCGCAGUCUCGGGUCCGCUCACCGCUUCUGCAGGUCGCUGGCUCGGACGCCUCGCCGCCCUCAGAAACCUGCGCUCCACAGACAGAAAAAAGGAAGUGCGUUGUGAUCAAGACGCCCUGUGCAAGAGAGGGGAAGAAUAAAGGAGACCCACAAGACGAUACGAACCGCAGAGAGAGGGAGAAUACACGCGGGCGAGGACGAGAAGGAAAAGAUGGCAGAGGAGGAGGAGGAGGAGGAGGAGCGGGAGGAGGAGGAGGAGGAGGUGGCGGCGGCGGCGGCGGGAAGAGGAGAAAAGGCCAGAGCAGGACAACGACUGCUGCGAGCAUCACAACCAGCUCUGUCUCCUAAUCGUCAGUGCGUGCUCGGUGGGGCUGAGAGAAAAGCAGAGACAGUGCCUCGCCCAGCUGUGACCGCCAUAGAUGAAGGUCAAAGUGAAGGAAUUGAUGGAUUAAUGCUGCUACGUGUUGCAGAAGAUGCAAAGAGAACAAGAGGAUUGCUGCAACGCAAGAGUCUUUCCAGAGCGCUUUGAAUAGAUGAACUUGGUGACUUUCUGAGAGUUGAAAGCAAACCCCUGGUGAGGACUGUGGUUCAGCAUCAUGAACAGAACAAUGUCGCUUCACGUCCGUCAUGCAACAUUAAAAGCUGGAAACCUGACAAUGAAUGAAAGGCCUCCUCAGCUCCCUCAAUUUCUCACAGUCCAAUUUUAAUCGCGACAUGUUCUUGAUUUGUUUUCGUGUUGGUAAGAGGUGGCAGAUGGAUUUUCAUAACAGCUGUACAAGAUGUUAAGACAGUGAAUAGUUUUAAGUCAAAAAAAGAAAAGGCACUGGAAAUUAUUUGUGGUUGGUGAGGACAGGAGGUCGUCUGUAUAAAAUUGUGACGAGGGAUUCUACUACAAAACAAGCCUAAGAGAAGACGUGGAGGAGGAUCACAGUGAGCUC